AGCUUAAGCUUACCAUGGCCAUGGAAAUGCCAUCAGCCAUCACAUUGCAGUCUUACGUCCCCCUCCCCAUCUUGACUUCCAGUCUUCCCCCCGUCUUUCUGAUCUUACUUUCCCCACUCUGUCAGCCUAUUUCUUUUUGCUUUUGCUCUUGAUUUUAUUCCCAGCCCAUUGCUUCCGUUCCCAUCCCUCAGCUGGCGAUGCAACCAACUCCCUCCAACACAAGAGAGAGAAAAUAGACCAAGGCAAGGAGAAAAAGAAGAGACAAAAAACCACCCAGAAGUACGGAGCCAGACAUCGCUCUGCUUCUGCUUCUGCCUCUACCUCUGCCACCCAUCCUGCCACCCUCCUCCUCUCGGCUGCAACCACAAGGCUCAGAAGCGAACAAGGAUCCGCCGGUCCUUUAGGAGUCACCGCGCCGAGGAAAAUGAUGACAUGCAAUUAAUUUAAUCGUUGUCCGCGGCUCUCCACCGAUGGAAUGAGGCGACAAGAAGACGAGAGCGAAAGGGCCACUGGGAUUGAGAGGAUGGGCGACAAGUCAACAGCCAAUAAAGACUGCGCUUGUCGUCGGCUUGGAUAACAAAGGUCGCUCAUUCCGCCACAGCUGCUCGCCUCUCGGCCCAAUUCUCUCUCAAGUUACACAGGCACCAGGACGAAAAAAAAAGGAUACAUGCGGACCUGUUACUCCGCCUCUAGAGUCCCCCUGGCCGGUGGUUGGAUCAAAUUGCAGCUUUUGUUUUCUCCUUCGUACUUUGCUUUUUCCCCUCUCCCUAGCUCUGGUUUCUUUCCCUCUCCCUUAUUUUUGUCAACUUUUGAGAAUCACUCCGUCAUCAUUCACAUUGCACAAACGUGCUGUAACAAUAGCACGGGCAAUCAGCACAAUUUUCCCUUCUAACAUUAUACCGUCGCCGUCAGGAAUUCGAACCGUCGUCCCCGGAAUUCGAGUACAGCGAGUUCCCGGGUGGCCCUGAUAUGAGAUACGGCCAGGACGCCAACACAGCCCCGGCCUUGAAUCUCGGAAGCGCGGUGCAGCCCGUCCAGCCCGCCCCGGCCCUACCACUGUACUCCCAGGGCCAACCUCCUUCCAUCUACAACCCCUCGGUGGCGUAUCAACAAGACUCGGCUGCUUCGUCGCUGUUUUCAUCCCCUGCCACCCUCCUCGCUCAUCCGCAGCAUCCUCAACUGAGGCGCCACGGCUCUUCAAGCACCAGCUCAUCGAUUGGCAUGUAUAGCCACCGAAGCGCCUUGCCUGUACCGGAACAACGAAAUAUUUACCGGCACAACCUGAGGAGGUCGCAGGAUCAGAGAUCAGGCUCGACCUACGGUGGCUACCCACGACCGUCCCAUAUAACGUCGCCCACGUCGAGCCCCCACGGCUUUGCCGCGUCUAGUCACAGAAUGGAUCAGUACGGCAGCAAAUCGGGGCAGCAAACCCUCCCGCCACUCCUCGCCCUCAUGCCGCAGGGAACCCUGUACUAUGUGGACGGGACGGCGCCCCAUGGAACCAAGAUCACGUUCGACAUCCAUGGCGUCAUCGACAAGGGCUUCUUUCUUGCUGACCAUGAGUGGACGUGCUACCGGAGAAACUAUUUCUCCUGCGUCUGCUCAUUCUCUCUGAGCCCUCCGACUCACUCAUGGCCAACCACGCCCGCGAUCCAGUUCGUCCAAGAAAGCAACCAGGCGGCCUUUACCGUCUCUGGCUUUGCCAUGUCCAUCUCGGCAGUGGUGUCGGAUAACGACACACAAACCAUUGAUCUAGUUCAACACACACCCAAGAGAGACAAGGGCCCCAUUUCGGCACCAGAAAAGGUGCGCCUCUCACCCAAGUCGGCCGGCCACCCGCACCUCAGCGUGUUCCCUCAGCCCGACGGGACUCUGAGGGGCACGGCCUACGAGUUCAGCCAGGGCCAAACGUCGACGCCGACGGAACACACGUUUGAGCGGAUCCAGUUCAAGCAGGCGACGGCCAACAAUGGCAAGCGCCGAGCGGCCCAGCAAUACUACCACCUCGUCGUCGAGCUCUGGGCCGACGUUUCGGGAAGCCAGAGCUCGGGGGCGCCGCAGUGGGUCAAGGUCGGAUACAAAAAGUCGGCCAAGAUGAUUGUGCGCGGCCGCUCGCCAGGCCACUACCAGUCGGAGAGGAGGGGAAGCGCCAGCAGCGGCCCCGGGGGCGCGUCGGGGAACCUCGGGUACGGGAGUCUCGGCCCAGAGUUCACCUCUGCUGGGUCAGGAAUAAUGGGCUCUACAUUUGGGCACUCGACGACAUACGACCCGCGCGGCAGCGCAUACGGAUCAAGCACUCGUCACUCGCAGGAGGUUGGCGUGGACACCAUCAUGACGGAUGAUCACAAGCCGAUGCACGACUCGAAGGAGUACCACUACUACCCGAACACCAUCUACGAGAAUGGGCACAACGUGGAGAUGUUCCAGCACUCAUCCCGCGAUCAUCAAGUCAGCAGCAUCAGCCAUACGCUCCCCAACCCGACGGACCACCACUCGAAGGUGAAGCCUGAGUACGACAGCAGUCGGACCCUGUACCAUCCGGGCCCGCAAUGGAGCCGAGCCGGCCCGUGUGGCCGAUACGAAAGCAAGAACACCUCAAAUGGCUUCUACCCAACGGUUCCCUCGUCAGGUCUCAACAUGACUUGACGGGUCACAGCAGUUGAAAGGCGCCUGGCCCGUUUACAGCUGAUGAAGCGAUGAUGACCCGAGACGCAAGGGUGUUUUGUCUUUGGUUAAGAUGGAACCCAUUUUUGUUCCGGUAGAUUUUCAGCUUUCUUUCUCACCACAUCACUUCUUUUUUUUUCAGCUUUCUUUUUUGUCAUGCCCAGGUCGCUGCCGCCUCCCCAAAUUUUCUUCUGUCAAGUUCAGGAAUAAAUGUUUACGGGAUCUAACUGGUGUCAAAUGUUGAAGGGGCUGCCAAAAGUUUGGGUGGCGAAAAGGGAAAACGGGCAAAUUUUGGCAAACAGACGGGGAAUGGAAAGGAAACAUGAUUUUCAGGAUAAUGUGGCAUUUGCAAGGGAUACCCGGGUGCAUAUGAUUUACCGCCUUGUUUUUUUUUUUUCUCCUUUUUGAUUUCUUUUCUCUCUUUCUAUCCACAUCACCUUUGUUUUUCUU